CCUAAUGUUCCUACAUGGACCCGGCUCGCACUUGCCCGAUCCCAUUGACUCAUCAUGUAUUUAUACACAUUUCUCUAAUUUGUGUGACACGAGCUAAGUAGUAUUUUUUUCUUUUCGAAAAAUAGGAAAAUCAAUCUCGUAUACCUAACAUGAAUAUACAAAAACAUUGAAGAAAAUGGGCUUCAUGAAGUGAAAAGCUGAAAAGCCCAUUGAAGCCCAGGUUCGGCCCAGACAAGAUCAGUCCUUGAGUUUUCUCUGCUUUGUUUCUUCUCUCACCCGCUAAACCCUGGCCUCAACCACCGCACCACAAUGGCCUUCCUUCGCAAAGUCGCGCGUAAUCCCCGGUCUGCCCCUGCCGUCGCCGCUGCUCGCCCACGCGCCUCCACGAACCCCAACCCCACGCCCAUCGUCAUCUGCGACGAGCCUACCAGCGCUUACUACGACGACCUCGUCAACGCCGCUGGCCGCCACGGCGACUUCGCCACGGUCCGCAACCUCCUCAACAAGCGCGUCCGCGACGGCUGCUUCAACACCGGCGACACCUUCAAGUUCCUGACCCACACAGAGACCUCCCUGUCCGCCCUCCACGACCUCCUCCGCGCCCUCUCCCGCCUCGACCGCGGCUUCCCCGGCAAGAGCGCCUUCGACGCGCUCAUCGCCCGCCUUUGCCGUCUCGGCCGCCUCGAGGAUGCCCUGCGCGCUGUCGAGACGAUGGCGAGCGCCGGCUUCGGCCUCAACGCCGUCACCUUCCACCCGAUCCUCAACCUCCUGACCCGUCGGGGCGACUUCGAGGAGGCGCGGCGCGUGGUGGGUCUGAUGAGGGACCACGGGGUCCCCCUGGACCUGACGGCGCACAACCACUUCCUGACGGCGCACUGCUUCCGAGGCGACCUGGCCUCCGCCGCGCGCGCGAUGGAGGAGAUCGAGAGGGAGGGGCUAGGGGCGGACACGAGGACGUACGACGCGCUGGUGCUGGGGGCGUGCAGGGCGGGGAAGGUAGGGGCGGCGGUGGGGCUGCUGGGGCGGAUGGAGGAGGAGGGGGUGUCGCCGCUGUACAGCACGCACGUGCACGCGAUAAAGGCGAUGGUGAAGAGGGGGUGGGGGGAGCAGGCGGCGGAGCUGGUGAGGGUGUACGGAGGGAGGGACAGGGCUCUGGAUAGAGAGAACUACGGAGUAGUGGCGAGCGAGCUGAUAAGGAUGAAGAAGGUGGGAGAAGCGAAGAGGGUGGUGGAGGAGAUGGCGGAGAAGGGGCUGAUCAUGGGGGAGAAGCUCCGGGAGUUUUACAGGUCCAAUUCGAGUGCUACUAAUUAAAAUCUCGGAAUGUCUUUUUGAUCCGAUGAGCAAUUCGUGUUGUGGCGAGCCAAUCGUCAGUGUGUAAAUUUACCCUUUUUAUGAUCAUGUUU